UGUCUGAAGUUUCGCUGUCACCGCCGCGUGUUACAUUGGAACAACAGUUGUUCCUCUGCUAGAAUAUGAAUGAAAAAAGCAUCGAAGAAGGCAGUAGCUUAAACAAUCAAGUUUUUAAAGACGCUGAAAAUCAAAUUAAAGAGGUCUGUGAGGUAUUGCAAAGAGAAGCAACAAGACUUCGACAGGAGCAAGAAGCAAUCGACGCCAUGUCGAAGAAAAUAGACCACGUCCACCUUUCUUCGACGAUUAACCUCAAUGUUGGCGGCCGCCGUUUCACGACAAGUCUUCAGACGUUGACUAAAGAUCCAGACUCGAUGUUAGCUGCCAUGUUCUCCGGGAAGUUCGAGGUGAAACCUUCCGAAGACGGAGCUUUCUUUAUCGACCGAGAUGGGGAACACUUCCGGUUUAUACUCAACUAUCUCCGCGAUGGAGAGCUGAUUAUACCAGAGGAUGCUAAAUUUCUCAAGGAACUCGAAGCCGAGGCAAAAUUCUACCAGAUCCAAGGGUUACUGGAGGAGCUGAAGUAUAAAGGGCUGAAAUGUUUUGAAGAGUCAGUGAUACUGACGAAUGUAAGGCACCGAAGCACGCUUAACGGUUGGUUGCCUCAACCCGGUAAAUGGCAACUUCUUUUUCGAGGUUUUCGAGAUGGUUUCACAGCUCAAGCCUUUCAUUCCAAAUGUGAUAACAAAGGACCCACAGUUACCAUUGUAAGAAGUGGA